UUCAAAAAUAAUAUAUAAAUAGCAUUAGGAGGAAUCGAAAAAGGCUAGGAUGAUUGAUCACCGUGGCAGAACAUUUUGCUCGUCAAUCUAGGGUUCAUAUACCGACCCAAAGGAACGGCGACACAACCGUGAUAACGCAACCUCCCAACACCUCCAAGAGUCAGAGUUUUACAUCAAUCCGGUAGGAAGGAACAUAAAAUCUCACGUGAUGGGGGACACAGACAACUCGAUUCCACCUUCCAAAAAACGAGCAGCCGGACGGGAACUAUCCCGUGAUAACCCCGGUCUUGAUGAUGAAGAAGAAGUUUCCGGACAAGAAAACGCUACUUUCAAAAGAGCAAGUGAAGAAGUCAUCGCAAACCGAAGAAUCGUAAAAGUCCGCCGUAGUCAACCUUCCUCUACCCCUUCCACCAAUCCUUUUGCAGCAAUCCGCCUCGUACCCCCUACGGACCCCACCCCCACUAAUCCCCAAGAACCCGACAAAACAUCCCCCGAUAAUCUCCAAGAACCUGGGAAAACAGCUCCCGAAGAGGUGGAGUCACCAAGUAGUGUGAAUAAGGAAACAGAACCCGAAGGUGCAAGCGAGGUGAGAAAACCCGAACCAACUGAUCCUGAACCCAAAAAAGAUGAAAAGUUAGGAAAUGACAAAAGUACCCCUACUGCACCUGCAUCCGUCAACUCAUUCCAACAGCUUUCUAGUAGCCAAAACGCGUUUACGGGGCUUGUGGGGACGGGGUUUUCGAGUUCAACGUUUUCGUUUGGUUCGAUUCCGAAAACCGACUCCCCGACUUUUCCUUCGUUUGGUUUUGGAACAAAUGGGAACUCGUCUUUGUUCGGGACACCUUCCGGAACAUCUGACAAGCCUUCCGGAAUCAAAAUUCCAACUAUGCAGGAAGUCCAUGUGGAAACCGGUGAAGAAAACGAGAAGGCGGUUUUCACUGCGGAUUCUGUUCUUUUUGAGUUUCUGGAUGGCGGGUGGAAAGAGCGUGGGAAAGGGGAACUUAAAGUCAAUGUUUUGACCACCGGGACGAAAAAAGCAAGACUUGUGAUGAGGGCACGCGGGAAUUAUCGGUUGAUUUUGAACGCAAGUAUUUUUCCCGAUAUGAAGCUCACAAAUAUGGAGAAGAAAGGGAUCACGUUUGCGUGUUUGAACAGUACGGGUGAGGGGCAAAAUGGUCUUUCGACGUUUGCGUUGAAGUUUAAAGAUCCAGCUAUUGUUGAUGAGUUCCGUGAGGUUGUUAACGAACACAAAGGAAACACCGGCGGUGGUGGUGCUGCUGCUGCGGUGCUCAAGACGCCAGAAAAUUCUCCAAAAGCAUCGGAUGAGUAAUAAGGUUAAAAAAAAAAGUAUCAUGUUUUAUGUUUGGAUCUUGUAGGGCAAAAUCAUAUAUGAUAGUAGUGUCUUUAUGUAAAAGCUGUUAUACGGUAUCCAUUUUGUUGUUGUCUUUUGAUAGACAUUUGGGAGAAUGAAUAACUUUAUUUAGGAUUCAGUUGAGGCCAAAGUCUGGAGUCUUAAAUGCUGCUAUUAGAGUUGGGAUGAAUGUGUCUGGUACAUUGUGCAAA